GACGCAAAGAAAUGUAAAAGAGAAAUGACGAAACCAUUAACUGUGCAAAGAUGCAGGUCUGUGCUGUCGUGUAGAGGCCUGGAAAGAGUGACGCGAAUAAAACUAUAGCUGCACCAAGAAUGGCACUAAAAGAAAGAAGAGGCUUCUGGGGCUGCGACACAUUGGGUCUUCGUCACCUGCGUCCUUUAUUAUUAAAUGUAGCCUCUGAAAACCAAACAAUUAACGCGGUUGGCACUAAUCUCUCAAAUGCAGCCCAUAACAUGAACUUCGAUGACCAGAAGCAGACAUUUAUUGCGUAUCAAGAAGACGCAUCUUCAAAUUCCACAAGCAUUAGUCACAUUGUCAGUUCCAGUGUAACAGCCGUCUCCGGAUAUUCAAUUGGAGAAGAAGCUAACACAUUGACAUGUUGUAACAACAGUAGUAGCAGCAGCAGUGGCAGAACAACUGGAAGUAACAGUGGCAUUAGUGGUAAAGUGGUUAAGUGUAGUAAAAGUUGUGAUAGCGGUGUGUGUACGAGUUCUUUGUCGAACCCAGCACACGAGAAAAUAGUGUUAACACUGCCAUCGUUGUCUCCGAUAUCACUGAGACCAACUUUGGAAUUGGCGACACAAGAGGAAGCAGUGAACAAGCGUCGUUCAUUUUCUGCUGUCGGGUUGUGCGGGCGUGGCGGCGACAAAGCAGAUCUAAGCAACCUAACUACUAAUAUUAGCAGCCGCCGACCAUCGAAAACCAUAUGCGAUCCAGUCAGAGAAUUGAAGAAGAAAACGGCUAGAAGCAGAAGACUAGAGGAUAUUAAUUCUAGUAAGGUGAUCAUUAAUAGAGCCCAGAGCAGCAGCAGCAGCAGCUGGGUAGGAAGUCGGAGAAACAGCAGCAGCAGUAGCAGUGUCAGAGCAAAGAUACUGUUAGGAGGAAGUGGAAGACGUCUAGGUGUGUCCCCUUCGUCUGAUCCCGGUUGCAGAAACUCUAACGAUAUACGCUACUAUUACUAUUGUCACCCCAACACAUAUUUGAGGGUCAACCGAUGUAGUAGUUGUUGCAGUAACAGCAGCAGCAGUAGUCAUUGUGGAAAUACCAUCACCAAGCACAACAUUAGUAGUUACCUUAGUGACGAACUGAGUAGUAGUAGUAGUAGCUGUAGCAACAGCAGUAGCUACGGCAUCACCAGUAAUAGUAGUAGUAGUAGCAGCAGUAGUAGCAGCAGUAAUAGUAACAAUAGCAGCAGCAGCAGUAGCAGUAACAGUCCACAAGUCAUUUACCACCACCCGCCGCCACCACCACUGCCACAUAGUUGCCACAGAAUUAUCCCCCGUCCCCUUCAGCAACACCACCACCAACAACAGCAGCAGCAGCAGCAACAUCAGCAAGCUGAGAGACAGGAUAUUACUUUUGCUACUCAUCAGAAAUUACCAGCGACCCACAGCCAUCAUCAACGCUAUUUCAGUAGUGUUGUGGGAUCGCCACAGUUUACGGUGAAGGUUGUACAACUGCCCAAGGAGCUUUCCCCCAGACAGCAGAACACAGAACCCUCUCAACUGCAGUUACACCCUGACGACCACACUCACAAGUAUCAUCAUCAUCAUCAUCAUCAUCAACAACAGCAGCAGCACCAUAAUCACCACCACCAUCACCAUCAUCGUCAACACAGUUUCCCGUCACGGUUUCACCUACCGUCUCCACCACAACCACUGCCACUGAGGACAUUCGUUUCUUCUUCUUCUUCUUCUUCUUCUCCUCCAGUCUACGUGCAGCAGCAGCUUCCAGCGAGGGCUGAGUCCAGCACUAAAGGAUCGUGUUGUAAGUGUAGCCGAAGCCAAGGGAACAAUUCGUCAGAAAGCAUCCAACAACGGCACCACAGCCCGGCCAUUGCAGCCGAUCAACGGCGGAUUUCUGCGCCGCCCGAUCCACAAAAUGGCGACCGAGGAGGUGUCGGCGACGUUAACGACCAGCACCUCAGCCUCUUCCGUCAACGCUACAACAACCAGCAACAAAUCCGUCACUUUACUUUUCCCCAAUAUCAAUCGCAGGAACACCAUAGCUGUAAACAUCAUCAACAACUACAACAGCAACUACUACAGCAGCAACAACGACCCUACAACCUUUGCCAUAGCAGAGAGGAAGGAAUCGAAGAAGAAGACAGGUUCGAAGAAGGAAUCGCUUACGAAAGAGACGGACGAAGAACCUAUCAUUUUGUUAACGCUGGUGCUGUCAGCUAUUGCCGAAGGAAUAAUACAGCUAGCAGCUGCGGAACUGCUGCAAUUGUUAAUACACUACCAGCAUCGACAACAGCCACAAAAUCGGAAAAUAUUACAGCCACCAUCCCGAUUCAUUCUGUACGUCCAGCGGUCAACACCACCAGUCCGCCUGGAACCAGAGCCGUCUCCAUUAGCACAAAUAUCACCACGGCCGGCCAUCAGUGUAAUAACCCAUCUGAAGGUUUUCCUUUGCACUUUUUGUCAUCCUCAUCACCGCCACUUGCUUCCAACAGUAGUACCAUCGCCGUCGGCAGCACCACUUUCACAGACGUUACCACCACUACAACAAACACCAUCAACCAUGUCGUCGGUGCUUACAACAACAACAACAACGAUUUGACCGGUCCUCCUCUAUUACAUCAUCACCAUCUGCAUGUUCCACACCAGCCACAACAUUUCUAUCACCAUCAGCAUCAUAUUCACCAGCUUCCACCUCAUCGAUUACAUCAACAACACUCUGCUCCUCAUUUGGCGCACCAGACUUGCUGUCGUGCUCAUGCUCACCAACCGAAAUCGACAUUACCAACUGUCCGUUCUGGUGUCACAGUGAACAAUAAUAAUAGUGUUGCUAACGCUACUAACUUAACAGGUAAAAGUAAAGGAUCGGUCAGUGGCCACAGCAUUACAGCAGCCCUCAUCGCUGCUGCUGCCACUGCAACCGGCACUACCACUGCUACUACUGCUAUUUCUAAUUUUAAUCCGAAAGUCUCUCAUACAAAUACUGCAUCCAACAAAAGCAGCAGCAUUAGUGUGUUUGAUGGCUCGACUGAUGUCCCUUCAGAAUGUAAUAAUAGCGAAGUGAUCUCCACUCAUGACACGCAUCUCAACAGCUCCACCAUAAGUAACAACGUGAGCAACAUACCGUCGGUGUUGUCGUCGAACCACCACCACCACCACCACCACCACCAUCAUCAUCAACAACAACAACAACACCAUCACAGUUCGACGACGACGACGACAACAUCCUCGAAUCACCGACGGCUUUUUGGUGGUGGGGUGGGCACCAACAACAACAAUGCUUUAUCUCCUGAAUCGGCUAUGAAGCAAUAUAUGAACAAGCUCAGUGCGUUUGAGCAUCACGAGAUUUUCAAUUACCCACAGGUUUAUUUUGUUGGACCCACUGCAAAGAAAAGGCAAGGUAUAGUUGGUGGAAACAACAACAACGGUUACGACGACGAAAACGGAUCUUACUUGCACGUACCCCACGAUCAUAUUGCUUAUCGCUAUGAAGUUCUGAAAAUAAUCGGCAAGGGGAGCUUUGGACAAGUGGUUAAGGCUUAUGACCACAAAGCACAACAACAUGUUGCUUUGAAAAUGGUACGCAACGAAAAAAGGUUCCACCGACAGGCACAGGAAGAAAUUCGAAUCUUGGAACAUUUGAAAAAACAAGAUCGAGAUAACAGCAUGAAUAUUGUCCACAUGUUGGAACAUUUCACGUUUCGCAACCACAUAUGUAUUACAUUCGAAUUGCUGAGCAUGAAUUUAUAUGAGUUAAUCAAGAAGAACAAAUUUCAAGGAUUUACAUUACAGCUUGUUCGCAAGUUCGCGCAUUCAAUCUUACAAUGUCUAGACUCUCUUCAUAACAACAGCAUCAUCCACUGCGACCUUAAACCUGAAAAUAUUUUGCUGAAACAACAAGGGCGCAGUGGUAUCAAAGUUAUAGACUUUGGUUCUAGUUGUUAUGAACACCAGAGGAUCUAUACAUACAUCCAGUCUCGCUUCUAUCGGGCUCCUGAGGUCAUCCUUGGUGGUAAGUACGGUAUGCCUAUUGAUAUAUGGAGCCUCGGGUGUAUCCUGGCCGAGCUUCUUACGGGCUACCCAUUAUUUCCAGGUGAAGAUGAAGGGGACCAGCUAGCAUGUAUCAUAGAAAUGUUGGGAAUGCCCCCACAAAAACUGUUAGACCAUUCUAAAAGAGCUCGUAAUUUUAUUAGCUCGAAAGGAUUUCCAAGAUACUGUACAGUAAGUACUCUCCCGGACGGGUCGAGUGUCAUCAACGGUGGCAGGUCGCGACGUGGUAAACCUCGAGGUUCUCCGGGAAGCAAGGAGAUCAUGGCUGCUUUAAAAGGUUGUGAUGAUCCCCUAUUUUUAGACUUUAUGCGUCGGUGUUUGGAAUGGGAUCCAAAUUCUCGGAUGACUCCCAGCCAGGCUCUUCGGCACUCUUGGCUACGUAGGAGAUUACCAAAACCACCACCGAACGAAAACAGAGACACUAACAGCAUGUCUACCACUAUAGCAACGAUUGGUAACAACGGUACCGAUACAAAUGUUGGUACUUUGAAUCGUAGAAACUCUACGGGAAACAAUAGAAACGGUGCCGUGCCAAAACUUGCAAACGGCACCAGUUCAGGGAACAAAACUAGGCAAAUCAUUCCGGACGAUGUGGUCAUCACAUCGUCCCAGUUUAAUUCGCGGACAAAGCUACCCCAAAUAGGAUCCACUUUAUAACAGACAUAGGAUUUCUUGAAUGCCUCUGUGAGUGCGUGUAUGUGUGGGUUUUAAUUAUUUCUAUUAUUAUUAUUUUGGAAAUUAUAGUUUCCUUUUUAUUAUUAUAAUUAUAAUUAUUAUUAUUACUAUUAUUAUUAUUUGUGUUGACUUUUUUGCAGAAAGAGUAACCCAAAAAUGUGUCAAUUAUAAUAACCCCAGUAAAUUACAUAAAAAGAAAAACUGUUGAUUAAUUUAAAUUUGUUGAUUAAUCAAUUCUAUUUUUAUUCAUUUUGGAAUAACCCUAAUUAGUUGCGACAGCCCCCACCCCCCUCAUUCAGUAAAUAAGAUUAUUUUUUUGGUGAUUUAAAAAAAAAAAAUUAUUUAUUUCUCAUUUUUAUGGUUGUACCUUUUUUUACCCCAUUAUUUAUGCGAGGUCUCAUGUGUUUUUAGUUCAUUUUGUAUGUCUAGAUACAAACAUGUAGGAAUAUAUAUAUAAAUUAUAUAUAUAUAUAUAUAUAUAUACACACACAUACAUAAACAUAUACACACGUUAAUGUGUGUGUAUGUAUAUAUAUAUAUAUUUAUAUAUAUUAUACACACACACACAUAUACACACGUUCGUGUGUGUGUAUAUAUAUAUAUAUUAUAUACACAGACACGUAUGUAUAUGUAUAUAUAUAUAUACAUACACAUACAUGAAUAUAUAUAUAUGUACAUAUACAAACGAAAUUCACAUGCAUAAUGAAUAUAUAUAUAUAUAUAUUGAAAAACCAACAUAUAAGUUAUGCUAUCUAUACGUAAUUUGUAUGUGUGUGUGUAUAUAUAUAUAUAAAUUGUGAUUAUACGUAUAUCUACGUAUGUAUGUUUAUAUAUGGGACGUGUAUAUGAUGUAUGCAUUUAUGUAUGUGUAUAUUAUAUAUAGAUACGCUUUUAUUUACUUGCAUAUAUAUAUAUAUAUAUAUAUAUUUAUAUAAUGUAUAUAUAUGUAUGUAUACACACACACACACACAUUUCUCACUAUUCAUGAAAUACUUCAAUUGCAUUCACGAAACUGAUACAAAAGACAUUUUUACCGAACCGUCCACAUCUAAGAUUUUAGACUUUCUCCAAAAUAGAGGUUUAUUUUCAGCUAUUAUUCAUCAGGGCUCAUAAUACUUGGAGAAAGAAAAUAUCUAUUUCAUUUAGCUAUUUGUAGGUCAUUUGCUACCCUAAAAAAAAAAUAAAAAAAACAUAUACUUCAAUAACAUCAAUUUAAUACACGUUCUGCAUUUCUGAAACAACCCUGCUCUAGAAAGAAAAUAAAUAUUUAUUUAUUUAGCUAAGCUGGAGUUUUAAUUUUAUUAUUCCUUGAAAAGUUGCCUCAAAAUGAAAGAAAAAAUUAACAGUUCCCUUUCAGAAAUAUCUUAAUUGCUUCCAUGUCUGAUGCUAUAUAUCUGUGUGCAUGUGUAUAUAUAUAUAUAUAUAUAUAUAUAUUAUGUGCAUACAUAUGAGGUGUUUUAAAGGUAAACAAGUGGUGGACUCAGUGUGUGUUUUUUUGUUUGUUUCACACCUGCUCUGUUUAGCAGCAACAAGAUUGUCCAUAGCAACCUGUGUCCACCAACAAAAACAACGUAACACUUAGAACCGUUCCGUAGCAACACAUGUUCACCACCAACAAACACACCAAACUAUAAACAUUCCCAUAGCGACGACAGACCUUUAUUAGCAGCAACAAUAAAAACAACAACACAUGUCCCAUUGUCUUACUGCAAUGCUUACCAUUCGAACUCUGUCCUUUUUUCUUUGAGGGAGCAGCAAUUGUUGUUCGGCUUUUCCAUCGAACAUUUACAUGUUUGAUGGUAUUUAUUCUAGCUGCAACCAUCCUGUCUUUUAUACAGACAGUAUAUUUAGGGAUAAAUACACUUUGUAUUUAUUUAUGUUUCUUUUUUUAAAAGAUAGUAGGGUGUGUGAUUUGAGGUUGGCUUUAGUUGCUAUUUCUAGCAAAUUGAUCGACCACAUGAAAGGCUCUCGACUAAUUUACAUGGCCAUCACCGAUUUCGAAAGUCACACACAUUCACUUACUGAACCCGUCAGUAGCCGUAGUAAAGAUCCAUUCUUUGAUAAACAUAUACAUUGUGAAAGUCCCGUGGAAAUUCAGGACCACCACAGAAGCAAACUUAGCAUUCAGAGCCUGUUACGAGGUCCUCUUGUGUGGGCACUCGAUCUGCUAGAAAUACCAACCAAAUACCCCUUCAAUCACAGACCACCCAUUGCCUUAAAGGAGGGAAAGGAUACAGUUAGAUAAUGUAGUCUUCAAGCAUGUCUGUUUGAUCAGAGUUGACUUGGAAGUGAACAACAAUUCAGCGCACUAAAGCCUUUAACUACAUUGUUACUCAUAACGAAGUGUUAUAAGUACCCGUGGAGACUCGUAGAUACAUAUCAGCUAACAAAAACAUUUAAGAUGUUUCCCAUAGACACCGACAGAUACUCUAAUGGUCCCCUGUUUAAAUAAAUAAAUACUUCAGUUCCACCAACGAACAUCAUAUGGGGGAUUUCUUCCUUGUAAUAAUUAAAAGUUUCUACGUUUCUGACUUAGAUUAACGAACAGACAAACAUAAAAAAGACAAAUGUUAUUUUUUCUUCCUUUUAGAAUCAUCUAUUUUCUUUCCAACUAUUUCUUAUAUUUAAUUAAAAAGUUUAAAAAAAAAACCCCCCCAGAAAAAUUGAAUUACAAUAAAAAGUAAUUUCACAAAACUGUGAUAAGUGAAAACUAGGCCUAGUCUUUUUGAUCUCUUUUUAUCCAUCUUUAUGUCUACAAAUUUAUCCAUUCAUGUUUGUCAUCCAUCGAUCGCAUGUGUGUUUGUGUAUCGGUACCUUGUGUACCCCCCCCCCAUAACAAUAUUCUUUAAUCUAUAGAAAUCCAACAUUAUUGUAGGAAAGCAAUCAAAUAAAGAUAAUUGCCAGUUCACCACAUAUUAGGACGUUUCUAAUUUUGUAAAAUAAUGUUAAGCUAAGGAAAUAUAGGAGUUAUUUGUGUCCGUAAAGGUGACGAAAUUCCUAUACUAGGGAGAAUUUGGCCAUGAAAAACAUUAUUUUAAACACAUCUAUUUAUUUGUUUCUCUGCAUUAAUUUACUUUUGGGGGAAAACCUCUUUAAUUAGUGACUCAUUCAAAGUCCGGUGGUGUCUUCGUGUUAAUGGCUUUUUUUUUUUAAUAAAAAAAAAAUGAAAUUAAUUUCUAGUGACAAAAAUAACAUUAAAAAUGAUUUAACAUUCACACAGAAUGCUGUAGAAAUAUUAGAUAUAAAUAAAUAAAAGGCAAAGCCCCCGAAUAUUUGAAGAGUUUUUGAGUGCUGCCCGAUGUGGCUUGUUAAAUGGCUGAGUGGAGAUAGUUGUUAGCAAAAUGGCUGCCGUUAUUGUAGGGAAAGAACUCUUCACAGACAACUUGAUAGCAUUCGGCUGGCUCAACUAUAUUUCACUUAGCUUGAUGGCUUCCAUAGACAUUUUAAACACAAUUAUAUCUUCAUUUUAACAUUUAAUUACCAAUUUUUUAGUCGUUUUUUAUUUUUAAAAACCUGAUCAGAUUUCGAAAACUUUAUUGUUUAAACCAUUGAGUUCUAAGUUCUGCUAUGAAAAAUGAUCAUACAUUUUUUGAGUAGAGAAUGAAUACAUUUAAAAAUGUUUUAAGCUAUAUAACCUGAAAAUGAUCUCAGUUAUUAUUUUGUCUUUUUAUAUAUCAAUGUAUAUGAUAUGAUUCGAUAUGAAGAGGAGUAGACAAAUGAAAAAAAGAUCCAACUUAACUUAAUGGGGAGAACUAGUGCAGUUACUUGCUUACAUUAUUUGCUAUGGAAUAAUUAAUUUAAUGUUACAAAUUGAGACAAAAGCUCAGAAAUAGCAAUUACAACAACAAUUACCCCAGAUAAUUUUUAUAAUAGUUCCCAACUUCUACUUAGUAUUGUUUUAAAUACUGACUAAAGCCUCUACGUUUCCCUUAUUACCAACUAAAAUGGAGAUUAUGCUGAAGCUGUUGUUUUUUUGUACAGCUAUUCAUUUCCUCCCAUAAAAUUUGAACAUUGGAAUGCAUUAUGAAAUAAAUGACUUAACUAGUAGUAAAUGCCAUUUCAUGUUUUACAAGUAUGAUUUCUACACCAAUAUUGUUUUGAUUAUAAUUUUGUUUUUGUGUGUGUAUGUCUGGCUGAAAGAAAAAUAAAAAAAAAAGCCUGUAGGUUUGCACUAUUUCUCUCAUGUAGAAGAAACAGCAAUAAAAUAAACUAAAGGGAGGAAGAAUAAAAUUUGCUCGUCUUGUAGGUAUUUUUAAGAAUUAUUGCUGUCCCUCACUUCUCGUUUGUUCUGUUCAGAAAUUUGAGUCGUUUGACAACAGCACCAGAACAAUUACUGCUGUUUCCAGCUUCAUUAUAAAAUUGCUUCUGUGAUUCACACAUUCGAAUCCAGGAAAAAAAGUCACAGGAAAACUUCCAUAAAUGACUGAUAUUAAUGCUUUUCCCCAUUCAUUUCUUUUGAUUUCAUUGUUUUAUUUAAAAUAUUGAAUAAAACGUGAUUUUUUUCGUAUACGUGUAAUGUCAUUAUAUAUUAUAUAUCAUAUAUAAAAUGUGGUGUUUAUUAUCAUUGUGUAUACUAGUCGUGUGUUAUUGCCAGUUGAUAAGCGACUUAAAAUGUUGUUUAAAUUACUUCUUAAACUAAAAUCAUUUAUAUAAGUAUUCUAAAAUAAACUGUGACAUUUUUUCCUGUGACUUUUAUUUCCGUUCACCAUACACAUUCAUUUACAAAAGAGCAGCAGCAGGCAUUUGCUCUUCCUUUGUUUUUGGUGUUUUUUUUUGUCUCAAGACAGCAGAACAAUUUAAAGAAAUAUCGAUUUAAAUGACCAAAUAAUAUAUAUAUAAUACAUAUAUAUACAUAUAUAUAUAUAUAUAUAUAUAUAUAUAUAUAUAUAUAUAUAUAUAUAUAUAUAUGUAUACAUUGGCAAAUGUCGAAAUGUACUUUAUGAAGUCAAGAAAACAACAACCCUUAACUAUAAAAAUAUACACCCCCUACACACCUAAUUCAGUCUAUAAAUAUACAUGUGUAUACACAAAUAUAUACACACACACAUAAGUGUAUUUUGUCAACCAUCUUUGCCUUUCUCUCUGUUCUUCCAAGCUAUUUCCGGAAAUAUGGCAAUAUCCUCCUUCUACAUUACACCUUAGAUAUCAAUUAUUAUUGUUAUGAAAAUUAUUAUUAUUAUUAUAAAUCUUUAUUUUUUUUGUUUUAUUUUACACUUGAGAUUUUUUUUAAUAUAUAUCCUUUAUAAAAUUCAAGUUAAAAAAAAAAGACACCCUCUACAUCAGAAACAACAACAACAACAAUUAUAAUAAUAAUAAUGAUAAUAAUAAUUAGGGAAAAAUAUUAAAAAAAUAAACAUGACACCUAACACAGUAUUCUUUUCAUUUUGAAUCCUUUUAGAAGUUUCUUGUAGGUACUUUCAUGGUGUUUGUUAUUUUUCAUUACAUGACUCUCUUAAUGAAUUUAUUAUUAUUAUUAAUUAAUGAAGUGAUUAAUUGAAUUUUAAUUGUUUUGAAGAAUAAGUCAUAAUCAACGAAGAGAAAAGCUGGUGAAAAGUGGUAAUAUUUGUGAAACAUUCUGCAAUGGAUAUCUGUUUUGCUAUCGUUUGUGUGGUGUGGAUAUUGUUUUGAUUGCAAGAAAUAAGCAGAAACGGUUUAAUUUGUGUAGAGGUGAACAUAAUUUGAAAGAAUUUAUGAAGGCUAUAAAAGAAUACCAGAGUAAGCAUAUAAUUAUAUAUAUGUGUGUGUGUGUGUUGUUACUGAAUGUGACUAGGGUGUUAGAAACACCUACAUUGCUAGAAAUAAGAGCUAAAAUGCUCUAAUGCUGUAGGUAGCUCUUGUUUCUUGCAAUGUAGGUGUUUCUUAACACCCUAGUCACAUUUAGUGGCAAUUAUAAUUCUCCUUGUUGGUGAAACACUACAAACUGCUGUUUAUAUUAAUUUUAUAUAUGUAUGUAUAUAUAUAUAUAUAUAGAGAGAGAGAGAGAGAGAGAGAUAGCAUAUAUACUUGUAUGUAUAUAUAUAGCAUGUCUAAUAUGCAGCAUAUAUACUUUAUCCAUGAACACAUAUGUAUAUAUAUAUAUGUAUGUGUAUGUAUGUAUUUUUUUUACGAUUAAGUCAGUCUACUCUUAGACCGUGUGCUUCAUUCAUUUUCUUUAUUAUUAUUAUUAUUAUUUAUAAUUAUAAUAAUAAUAAUUAUUAUUAUUAUUAUUAUAGAAAAUGUAAAUUGUAGAUAAAAUUUAGCUUUGAGAGAAAACCGGAAUCCGAGGUUUCCUCAUCGGUGAGGGUUUUCAAUGAGAAACUUCCACACAAUUAAUCAUCAAGACUAAAAGUGCUCUCAAGUUAAAAUAACAAACAAAUGAAUGAAUUUGGUAUAAGGGAAAAAAAAAAAACAAAA